AUACAGUAACCAAUCAUAAGGCGGUGAGGGGAUAUAUUGAGCCAAUGGGAAUCGAGUUGUCUGUGAGUGACAGAUCCGGUGUCCAGUGAUUUUACAAAAGGAGACGGGGGGGUUGGGGGUACUAUGCGACGAUACAAAUUCACCUGUAAUGAAAACUGUCGCCGAGCCAGUAGCCAAUCACAGAGCAGUCCGCUUCGAGAGGCUGACUGUGGUUGGCAGAGGCGGGACUUAAGACAAAUAUGGCGGUGAUACACCUUGUUGUUUGAAGCUAAACGCCAAUAAAUCAAACCAAGAAUAAAUACGUACAAAAUUUAACUAACAUUGUUUAACAACAGCGAUCGAUCGAAAUCCACUAGAGCAGCGGCAGCCAUAUUUGUUGUUAUCUUUUGUCCCUGCGCCAAACUUAACCCACCAGCAAGUAGCCAAUCACAGUCAGCCUCUCGGGAGCGAACUGAUCUGUGAUUGGAUGUUUGCCGGUGACCCGUGAAUCUAACAUUAAGCGGGAACAGAUCUCUUCAGAGAACUGAUGGGACCUAGUUGCUAAUUUGUUAAAAUAAAGUCACGUCUUGUCAAAGUAAGUUCCAGCUCCGUCAUCACCACGUUAGCUCGGGCUAAGUGAAGCAGGAGGCCCAGUAAGGGCUAAUGUAGCUUGUGCUAGUUUACAGCAGUGCAGAGACUAAUGUGAAGGUGCUAGCUAAAUUAAGCUAGCUUCCAGAGGCCAUUUUAAACCUCCUCAAACUUCUCUCCAGCUCCUCCAUCCUGUUUCCUCCUCUGAGUGAUGGCGUGUGUGCAGCAACUGAGAACCUCCCAGGAGACUCAGCUGUUGCCUAAUCAGGUUAUCACCGAGCAGCAGUCCUUGGUUGUUAUAAAGAAGCUUCUGGCUAUUGCGGUGUCUGGCAUCACAUACCUGCGGGGCCUUUUCCCCGAGAAGGCCUACGGGAACAAAUAUGUUGAUGAUCAGAAAGUGAUGAUCCUUAGAGAAGUGCGCAGCUGUCCUGGGGCCUCUCAGAUCGUCCAGUGGAUGCAGGGAUGUUUUGAGGCCAUCCAGCAGAGAUAUCUCCGGACAGUUAUCAUGUCUAUCUACACUGACCCAGAGAACCCCCAGAAAGUGACAGAGUUUUACCAGUUUAAGAUCCAGUACACAGCAAAAGGAGCGCAGAUGGACUUUGAAAGCAACAACGAUAACAACAACAACAACAAAGUGUCGACCAUGACAUGUGGUGACACUAAGAAGGCCAGCGUCCUGCUGGUGAGGAAGCUCUACACGCUGAUGCAGAACCUGGGUCCUCUGCCGGAUAACGUCUGCCUCAACAUGAAGCUGUCUUACUACGAGGAUGUGACCCCUCAGGACUACCAGCCCCCGGGCUUCAAGGAGGCUGACGGUGACACCAUGGAGUUCGAGAGGGAGCCGGUCAAACUGAAUAUGGGCGAGGUGUCCACCCCCUUCCACACUUUGAAGAUGGACAUGGCCACAGAGAGACAGAGACUGGAGCCGGUGGAGGAGAGUGUUAAUGUGACGGAGAAGUGGGUUCUGAAGAUGGAGGGGGAGGGCGUCCUUUCACAGAGCCAUGUGAUCGAAGACGUGGAGAGACCUGACAACGACAACACAGACUUGGAUAACAUUGAAAUCCAACUGAGCUGUCAUGAGAAGAUGGAGAGUUGUGAGGAGAUCAUAGAGAUGGACACUCUGGUGAAGAGGACCUCUGACAUGGAGGUGGGUGUGAAGAGGACCAGGAGUGGACGGAUCAUCAAGUCGGCCACGAAGACAAACUUAAUCGUAAACAACGAGCCGACAGCCAUGAAGAACAAAAUGGUUUCUCAGUUUGAGAUUCCCGACAGCCAGGAAACCCCGUCCUCCGCCACGCCUACGAGCAAACGCAAAUUCAGUGAGCCCAAGGAACGCUACUGACCCGCGGCCCACUGCUCACUCAGCAGCACGGCUGUAUUGAUCUACACUGAUGUUUUUAAAAAUUUGAUUACAGGUUAUGCGG